AAAACAACGAGAAAAAAAAUACGCACCCUUGUUACACUUAUUUGACCCGUGGUAUACGUUGGUGAGAUUUUUUCACCGUUGGUGUUGAGCGGAAAAGAGCUCGUAAAAUACGACGACAUGAUUUGAAUUUAUCGCGUAUUUGAUGGGCAAAGUGAUUUCAUUUUUAUGGGUCCUUACUCCAAUUUCGUCUACUAUCUCGGUGAUCAUCGUCUGGGUUGCUAUGGCCACUAGCGACUGGAUACGUACACAAGAGCGUAUAUUAAAUUUACACUACAAUGGUUCGGCGGAUAAUAAGUACAUUUUGAAAAUGACCUACUCUGGAAUUUGGGAAAUAUGCACGGUAACUGUUGCAGAUGGUGAUACUGAUAUAUCGUGCGAAAUUAUACACUAUUUUUCUUCCGAACCAUACUAUCCCGAUCCAGCAGAUUCUUCGGUUGUUAUACCAUAUGCUGUGAGACAGUCGGUAUUUUUUUUUAUUGUUGCUAGUUUAGUUCAGUUAUUUGGUGAGCUGGGUUACCUGUAUGGUCAUUAUGUAAGAUAUCGAAAGGUGUUCAUAUUCAUCGGUGGCACAAUAUUUAUAGUAUCAGGCUUAGUCAUGUUGAUAGGAAUGGUAAUGUACAUAUCAAUAUUCAAAUCAGAAGUUGGUUCCAAAUUCAAACAUAGUUCCGACCAAUCGAGGUUCAAUUAUCAAUACGGAGUCAGUUUCGUGUUAUACGUCAGCGGCUUCGUUUGCGUCGAAUUGUCAGGCACUUGUGCCGUGUUACUUUUUGUAUGUCAAGACCAAAGUGUUCAAAGUGUUCAUUUUAUUCAACCCUCACCAGUAAUUUAUAGAAAUUAUAAUACAACGGCGACGAAUCCAAGUAUGAUAUAUCCGUGUCAAAAACAUAGCGAUUUGUGCGUAGCCAUGGAUACUCUGUCUCAUCAUUCAGAACAUUUAUAUCCAUCACAAAGGGAAGAAGUGGAGAUAAAUCACCAUUACUAUUCAGAUUCAGAUAGUCCGCCUUACGCACCUGCCGAUCAAUUAUCCCAAUACGGUGACUAUAGUUAUCACUACAGAGAACCAGAACGACCAUCAACGUCAAUGCAAUCAACUACAACUCAAACUGUAAGCACUAUCUAUGAUCCAUAUGCCAUGAAUGAUGCAGAAACCGAAAGCAAUGCUACCGAUUAUCAACAAAGAGAGGCUUUUGUCUCAUACGAUAUGAAUAAUAUACCGCUCUCGUCUUCCACCGAAAAAAUGAACACGCUGCGAAAAUCUACGUUGGUUUAAUGUAAUAUUUUUCUUCCAAUCUGUCCUAAUUUUUUUUUAAACCAUUUGCUCUUUUUUACAUUGUUUUUUUCUAGAUAGAUUUUGUUUCAUUUUUUUACGAAAUAGAUUAUUUUUCUAGUGUUGUAUCUCGAAACCGUUGUUUACGAAAAUAUAUUUGUGUAUGUAUGUUGUAUGUAUCUAAAUGCCCAAACUGUAUCAUUGAAUGUUUUCUUUUAUUUAGUCGUAGUUAUCGUAAUUUUAAAGCGUUGAAUUGUUGUUGUAUAGAUAUUUUGCCAUCCUUAUAUAUUAAAAGAUGUUUGAAAGAAAACCUUGAUAGAGUCCGCCAGCCCUUUCUACUGAACCGAUUUCAACAAAUUUUUUUUUAAAACGUUCCUUUUGACGUGUAGAUAUGUCAUCAAGAAAAAAAAAUCGAAAAUUUUGAAAUUAAGGGCCGAAAAAAUUGAUAAAACACGUUUUCUAUUGUGUUUAAACAAUAGAAUUUCGAGUAGAAACCUUGAUAGAGUUCGCCAGCCUUUUCUAUCGAACCGAUUUCGACAAUUUUUUUUUUCAAACGUUCCUUUCGACGUGUAGAUAUGUCAUCAAGAAAAAAAAAUCGGAAUUUCUCAAAUUAAGGGUCGAAAAAAUUGAAAAAACACUUUCUCUAUUGUUUAGAAAUGCACGUAGGUAUUACAAUGCACACCGACAACAAUACACUCCGACAACAAUACACUCAGAACGUUGCUAUGUGGGCGUGUUUACAGCGUAGGGGUGUUGAGGAGGGAAUGAUGUUGUUGUGUUGCGAGUUACAUUCAUUGCUAUAGUAUUUUAUUUUUUCUAAACUGGAAUAUUGUGGUGUCUGUUAAAAUAAUAAGGAGAGGAGGUUCUACACUUGAGAUCAUUUUUGGGUUAGGAUUUUAGUGGAACAUUGUUUGUAAAAAAGUUAAUGUGAAGAUGGAGAAGGGUUCAGUACAGUGUAGCCAGAAUUUUCUCAAAGAGAGGGCAAAACCAGAUUUUUGGGUAUGAAAAAUCGAAAUUAGAGGUAGGUAAUGUAAUGGAAACCCUUCGUAAUGUAUGAUAAUUUGUAUGAACAUGAAGGUGCAAUUACUGCUCAAGUGAAUUGAGAGCGAAAAUUUGUUGAAAAAAAUGGGUCGAAAAACGAAAAAAACGGUUCAUUAUUGCGUGCAUUUUUUUCUAAUUUUCACUCUCGGGGGGGUGGGUGGCUCAAGUCACGUCCCUCCCUUAGCUAAGCUACCACUGGUAAGGUUUCUAUACUUGGGAUACAAAUUUGACUAUCCUACUUCAGAUUUUCAUUUAAUAGAAUUGAAUUACUCCAGCAUACUCACUACCUACUCAUUUUAUGCCAUCAUUUUACAAAAAUUUCAAACAUUUUUUUUUUACCAAUUUUACAUAUGUAGAAUUUCAGAAAAUUUACUCCUAUAAAAAAUGAUGAUAAUUAUCAAGUCAAUAUGUAUACCAGAGUAAUUCAACACCUCAA